CAUGGCUGCGCUGGGCGUCACGGUCGCCCUGCUGGUGUGGGUGGCCACCCUGCUGCUGGUGUCCAUCUGGAAGCAGAUCUACAGCAGCUGGAAACUGCCCCCUGGCCCUUUCCCUCUGCCCAUCCUUGGGAAUCUCUUCCAGAUAGAUCUCAAGAAUAUCCCCAAGUCUUUCAGCAGGCUGGCGGAGCGCUACGGGCCGGUGUUCACGGUGUACCUGGGCUCGCGCCGCCGCUGCCCUCCGCCCGCAGGCCAGGCCUUCGACCCCACCUACGUGAUCGGCUGCGGGCCCUGCAACGUCAUCGCCGACAUCCUCUUCCGCCAGCGCUUCGGCUACGGCGACCCGACCAGCCUGCGGCUCAUGCGCCUGUUCAACGAGAACUUCUACCUGCUCAGCACGCCCUGGCUGCAGGUGUAUAAUAACUUCUCCAGUUACCUGCAAUACCUGCCCGGGAGCCACAGAAAGGUGAUGAGAAACGUGGCCGAAAUCAAAGACUACGUCCUGGAAAGGGUGAAGGAGCACCGGGACUCGCUGGACCCCAGCUGCCCGCGGGACUUCACGGACUGCCUGCUGGCGGAGAUGGACAAGGGGCAGCAACGCGGGGAGCCGGCCCACACGCUGGACAGCGUCGCAGUGACCGUGGCCGACCUCUUCUUCGCGGGCACGGAGACCACCAGCACCACCCUGCGCUACGGGCUCCUGAUCCUCAUGAAGUACCCGGAGGUUGAAGAGAAGCUUCACGAAGAAAUUGACAGGGUGAUCGGGCCGAGCCGAGUCCCAGCCGUCAGGGACAGGCUGGACAUGCCCUACAUGGAUGCGGUGGUGCACGAGAUCCAGCGCUUCAUCGACCUCAUCCCCUCCAACCUGCCCCACGAAGCCAUCCGGGACACGGUGUUCAGGGGCUACGUCAUCCCCAAGGGCACAAUGGUGAUCCCCACCCUGGACUCCCUCCUGUACGACAGCAAAGAGUUCCCUGACCCGGAGAGCUUUAAGCCCGAGCACUUUCUGAAUGAGGACGGGAAGUUCAAGUACAGCGACCACUUCAAGGCCUUCUCCACGGGAAAGCGGGUGUGCGUGGGCGAAGGCCUGGCCCGCAUGGAGCUGUUCCUGUUCCUGUCCGCCAUCCUGCAGCACUUCAGCCUGAAGUCGCUCACUGCCCCGCAGGACAUCGACCUCAGCCCCAUCGCCAUCGGGUUUGGCAAGAUCCCGCCCCACUACAAGCUCUGUGUCAUUCCCCGCACGUGAGCGGAGGGUACCCGCGCCCGGAGAUCCCUCUGGGCCUCCAGGAGGGCGGCUGGGCCCUGGCACAGUGGGGGUCACACGCCAGACGGAAUGUGAGAACAGAAUCUCAGAAUAGAUUUAUGAAACUAUUAAAUGAAUAAA